GAGACAAACGUGGCGGCCUUGAUAGGCGUGCUCGGAACGGCUCGCAUGGUGUGAAUGGGGUUUAUGAACUGAAUGUUUUAAAAGGCAAUGUGCAUCCACGCAGCUGGUAGUAAGUAGUGAACUAGUUAAAUUCUAAAUGAACGCAUUUGUGUAUCUAUGGAUGGAUGUAUUGGUAAAUUAGUUCCUACGCUCCCUUGUUUCCCGUAGGACUGCAACCUCUGUGACACUUAAAUUUCAAGGGGGCUGUUGAGGUGUUACUUUUCAGACCAUGUAACGCGAGCUUCUUCGUUAACUAGCUAGUAUAAUCGUUUUUUAGGGAUACAUAAAAGGCAAACAACCAAUAUCUGUUCCGUCAGCUAUGAAACGGAAUAUUAAGAAAAAGUUCCCCGGUGACUGACGUCGAGCUCAAAACAGACAUUGAGAAGCAAAGGACUGAUAAUGGAUAGAGAUCUGUUGCGACAGUCUUUGGCGUAUCAUGGACAAAGCCUGUUUUCACUUCUUAAAUGUGAACAGAGUGAAAAUCCAGACUUUAAGAUAAUUGCGACAGAUUUAUCUAAGGCCCCCCACCCAAGGAAAGACAAAAGGACUGGCAGUACUGCCUUAGAGCAGUUCAUUGCAAGGAAAGCAGACCUCCUGUUUGCACCCUCAUGGAAGUCAAGUGUUCCUGCAGAGGAUGAGUGGCCUGAGGAGACGGAGGAGCCCUGUGCCAUCAUGCCCCCGUUGGAGCAGUUCAUGGACGUCCCUUUUGAUGAGAGGAGAGACCUCUUCUACAGAGAUGUGGAGCGUGGGGACGCUGUUAUUGGACGGAUUAACUCCAUCCGGGACUUUGGCUUCUUCAUCACUCUCAUCUGUCUGGGUGGAGGGUUGGAAAGGGACAUCGAAGACCUAGAGCUGACGGCGCUAUGCCCCAUUAGGGAUGUACCAUCGAAUGGAAAUCACGAUGACCCACUGUCCUACUAUCAGAUUGGAGAUUUGAUAAGAGCUGGGGUGAAGGACAUUGACCGGUAUCAUGGGAAGCUGACUGUCUCACUUCAGCCCUCAUCCCUCUCCCCACAUCUGGCAAAACUGAAGCUUGGAGUCAUUAAUAAAGAUGAUCUGCCAUUGCAUUACAUCCGAGGUGUGAAGAUGGCAAGUAGCUGUACAGACACCUAUGAUAAAGUUCUGGAGCAGUCACUGGGAUUCUCCAACCCAUCUAAUGUGGAGUUCCUUCUGCGGAAACUUGGAAUCAGUGAAACACAGCCUCCAUCAUUAAUGAGAGGGCUACAAAGCAAAUAUUUCUUGGAAGAUGAUUAUGGAACAUCUAUCAGAAAGAAACAGUCUGCAUCCUGGGCACUUAAGUGUGUGAAAAUUGGAGUAGACCACUUCAAAUCUGGACGCCAUGUAGAGGCAAUGAAUGAGUAUAACAAGGCCCUAGAGAUAGAUACUAACAAUGUGGAGGCUCUGGUGGCACGCGGUGCACUGUAUGCAACUAAGGGAAGUCUCACGAAAGCGACGGAUGAUUUUGAGCUGGCCUUGGAAGGUUGCCCAACCCACAGAAAUGCAAAGAAGUAUCUGUGCCAGACAUUAGUGGAGCGAGGGGGCCAGCUGGAGGAAGAGGAGAAGCUUGUGACAGCAGAAGGCCUGUACAGAAAAGCCUUGACCUUAGAUGGAAAUUUCCAGGAGGCUGAGGAAGCCUUGAAGAAACUGCAGCUACGCAUCCAGAAAUCUCUGAAACUGAGAGAAGAAGAGAUGGCAAAGGAACAGAAAAAGUCUAAAAGUGUGGAGACAAGUGCAGAAAAAUUGCGUAAGAUCUUAAAAGAAGAAAAAAGAAUGAAAAGGAAAAGGAGGCGAUCCUCCUCAACAUCUUCAUCCACUUCAUCCAGUAGCUCCUCAGACUCCUCUUCCUCCUCCUCUUCGAAUCGUAGAAAGUCUAAGAAGAAAAGGCGCAAGCACAGGCGAUCAUCACGCAACAGUAAGAAACGUCACCGUAGGGUUUCCUCUCGUGACGACAGAAGUGUCGACAGUAAGGAAGAGUGGUACCCUGCCCCAGCAAACACAUCCGCUUCCUUCAUGGGUCAAAAGCAGGAGAUAGUUAAAAUUCUGGAAGAACAUACCAGGUCAGAGGAUCACAGUAGGUCACAGGCUAAAGGUAGAAGGUCACACCCUUCUGUGUCCUCAUCGUCGGUUGAAAUUCUGGACGACUGUCGAGGUAGGUUUGAAGAUGACCCUUUCGACAGUGCUUCCCAACACUCUGAAACUAGCAGAGGAAAAUACAGAAAUGAGGAUAGGGCUUUAGCCUCUCCUCAGAGUCACCAUCGUAAGUCUAGUGAAAGGAGAUUGAGUGGUAGGGAGAGGGAUGUGGCCAGAGUCCCGAGAAGGGUAGAGGAAGAUUGUGGUGGCCAGCAAGAGGUUUUCGACCCAUCUGAGAAAACGAAGCGCAGGAGGUAUUUCAGUUCCUCAGCUGGCUCUGAGUAUUCUCACAAGUUGGAUUGGCCUGCCAAAGAGCGUUCGUCACAGAGCUGCAGCUAUGGAAGGUCUGAUUGCGGGAGAUAUGAUCGUUUUUCCAGUGUUGAGAAACCAGACAGUAGAGGCAUGAGAAGGUCAGGUGGCGACGAUAACAGUUUACCCCGUAGAAAAUCUCAAAAUGAUCAGGAAUCUGUAGAGGGGAAUUUGAGAAAAGAUCUCCCAUCAAACUUGCUUGACAUCUUUAGCCAGAUAGCACAAUUUGAAAAAGAGAAGUGUGUCAAGCAGAAAAAAUGAACUGAAUGUGGGUUCCAUCAGGGACAGCUGUGUGGUACCCCCACCAUUUUUGUCCUGAUGGGAAAGAAACUGAUACUGUAAUGUUGUGAAAUAAAUGGCAAACACUCCUCCAGUUCUGGGUUGGUGUGGCAUAUAAUCUGCUGAAAUACUGGGUCAUUGCUCUUAUUUUGUGUUUAAAAACACUGCCUUAAGCACCUGAUGCAGUUGAUGUGAAUGCACAAGGACUUUUUUAGAAUGAGAAACUGAAGGCAAGUCUGCUUUGUCCACAGUUAUGCAGAAAAUGAGUUUAUGUGUAAUCCUUGGGAAAGAUAGCCCUUAUCAUAGUGAGACCUUUUGCUGUUUCUGUGCUGUAUAAAUGAAUGGCAGAACUGUUAUGCUACAUGUUUCACUCAGAUUGCAAUCAGUUGUAGUAUUAGUGACAAAUCAAUAGUCCAUAGGCAUUUUUAAUUUUUCAUUACUAGGAACUGUUAUCUUUUCAACGAAUCAUCCUCAGUGUCAAUAAAUGUGCCAAGUGAUGUCUUAUUUUCCAGCUUUUGGUCAAUAGUUUCAAACUGGAACAUAUGAACAGAAAAUUUCAGUGUAUACAUGCAUAUCUUCUAAUAAAAUACAAA